CAUCACAACAUCCGGGUCUGACAGUUCGCUGUCACACAAGUUGUAACAACAAUCUGACAGAGAUGACGAUUUCAAGGUUACCAACCGCAGCGCUUUCUUUAAAACAGUUUUUACAGAGACAGAGGAUCCUGGGGAUUUACAGAAACAUGCUGAGGACCAUCCGGCAGGUUCCAAGUGAGGGAGACAGGAAGUACCUCCGAGACUGGGCCAGAGACGAGUUCAAGAGGAAUAAGAGCGCUACCAACCCGGAUGCCAUCCGAAUGAUGGUGUCACAAGCCAACAACCACCUGGAGGAGCUGCAGAAGUCUUUGGCGCUGGCCAGGAGUUAACUCUCGUUCACUGCUUCAGAUUGAAGACUACUUUGGAUCUGCACUCUGUGAAGACCAUCAAGUGUUUGAUUGAAACUCUGGAAGAAAUAACAGGGAAACUUCUGAAACCUGUCUUUGCCUGGACGCCCUCUGAAGGACGGAUUAAUGGAACUGAUGCGGAGGCAUCGUUCUGUAAAACCGUCUGUGCUGCUGCUCAUCGUGUUCAGAAGAACUCAUGAACCUGUAAGGCCAACUGAGCCUCACCUCUGACUGUGCUGUGUGUCAUAUGUGUUGUGUGUAUUAAACAGGAAGUCAUGAAAUCACAGACAGAAGUAGAAAGAUCAUUUAAUUAAUACAAAAUGUGUUUUCAGAGUGCAUUAUUCAUAUCAACAUUUAUUCAUGAAAAACUAACCAACUAACAUCAAACUGCAGAGCCACAGAGCACCAACUUUGGGCAUCAGCAUCCUGACCGCUGUGCAGGUUCAUCAAAGGUUAACAUAAUAUCCUGCCUGGUUAGGUAGUAAAAGUAAAAAAAAACACAACUUCAGAGAGCUACAUUUAAAAUAAUGCCACAAACCUGCCCAUGCAUACGUCUAAAAAAACGUAGGUCAUGGGAGCUGUGGCUCUGCAGUUAGAUUUUGUUGAGCUGAACAGACGGUCACUACACCAAACACACAGCAGACGAGAAUACUGCAACACAACUCUGAGCUUUCUUCAUACAACAGCUUCAAACACAAUCCAGCUUUAUGUUACAACGAUCAUGUACAGGCAGACAAAGACCAGCAGAGGUUAAAUGUAGUUAGCUGUUCAGGAUCGGGAGAGGGGUUAGUUUGUGUUGAAGAGAGCUGCAACUAAUGCUUCUUUUUCAGUACUGAGUUAAAGGUCACAUAUUCUCCUUUUUAACCAGUUUAAAUAAAUCUCAGAGCUCC